AUGCUCUCUAUGACCUUAUGGAACUCUAAUGGUUGUGCUCGUCACACUAUUGAGGCCAUUACUAACUCCCUUCCUUUCUCUCAUUUACUGUUUCUCACCGAGACGUGGCUGUUGUCACCGUUAAGGUUUCCUACGAAUUGGAAACAGUAUCAUACAUAUGCAGUCCCAGUCGACAACACCUUUCGUGGUGAAAUGGGUAUCAGUCUCUUGGUUCACCCAGAUUGCCCUUAUGAAGUCAUUCAUUUUCCUUCCACAUCUCCCUAUGUCCUCACUUGUCAAGUCUCCAACACGUUGAUUCACUGUAUCUACCUGCCUCCAGCACUCUCAAUCGAUGAAGCUAUUGAAGUACUUGACAAUUUACCCGUACAAACACAUCCCUCACAACAUAACACCAUCAUCUACGGUGACUUCAACGCUCGACACCGAGAGUUGCUUGGCGAUACCCGCACCACCCCUCGUGGCACUGCUCUGAACAACUGGAUCGUCGAGAAUGGUUUACGCUGUUGGAAUUCUGAACUUGCGUUUGGAAUACCCACGUACUAUUCACACACAAGAUUCAGCUCCAUGACAGGCCGACAUUUUCAUAGUGUUAUUGACCUUUUCCUUAGCACUCAAGAAUUGCACAACGUUCAAUUAAGACUUCAUGAUGAUCUUGCCCUCGGGUCUGAUCAUUGUCCUCUGUCUUUUUCUUGUCUUGUGCCUCCUCCUCCUCCUCCUGACCUGCCCAGUCACCCUCGCUUACUUUGGAACCUAAGUAGAUUAUCGGAAGAUAACUGUACCUAUCUGCAAUUAUUUAAAGACAAGAUACAACCGUUCCAUCAGCUACUUCAAGAAUAUACCUCUGCAGAUGGUGUCUACACCUCUGUACGUCCCGAUCUUGAUGCGCUGACUCUUCAAUUCAAUGAGAUUAUCCAGUCUAGUUUGGAUCAGUCCGUUGGGCGCAAGAGCCCCCACAGUCGUCACCAUGCUUGGUUCUGGACAGCCGAUUUGCAGACCGCGUUUGACCAUCGUGAAUUCUGUAGAAGAGCUUGGAAACGAGCCUCUGGUCCCAGUAAAGCUGCAAGGUGGACCGACUAUACUUUGGCAUGCUUGCGGUACAAGUCCGAACUUCGUCGUCGACGUCGCUUCACUUGGAAACAGUUUUGUCACAAGUUGUCCUAUGUUCCUCUUGAUGUUACUAACUCCAUUUUCAACCGCAAUUCUCUCAUCCCGAGGGUUCUCGUGUUGCUGCUUCUGUCAUGGCAAGACAUCUCCAACAGGUGUUCUCUGGUGCAAACCUGCCUGACACUCGCUACCCUGCUCCACUCAUUCCAAAUGGCCCUCAUUCCAUAG